GUUAAAAGCGACACCAAUCGUGCUAGCAGACGCAGAGCGAUUGCGACAGACAAGACGGCCGCAUCUACAAUGGCGUCCCCACUCAUGAUUCUUGGCUUUGUACUCCUGGGAGUCAAUUUAACGCGAAGCGACGCCACCAACGAAACCGUCUACUCCACGCCAUCGCUAGCAGUAUCCAGCGCUGCAACCGAAAGCCGUAGCCGGGAGCAGUCUGGCCAAAAUAAUACACGCUUUUCCCAGUCGGCUGUUCAAGCGACAACGAAGGUUCCAACAAGCAACAUUCCAGAGGACGUUUCCACUUCAAUGCCAAUCGAAAUUGCUCGGGUAUCGCCGAUGUCAACUGACCACAAGAAACCUACCGCGCCAACAGAAACCACUACUGGCCCCACAACUGCCCCAACAAUAAGUCCCUUCUUUGCGCCAGCGCUUGGUAAUUUAAUAGACCGGCGAAAUCCGAAGCCUUCGCUGCAGGAUGACAAACUGCCUACGACAGACAUUACUCCAAAGAAGCACUGGUCAAUCACUCGUACGACCGAAGCCAUAGAUUCUACGCCUCCGGACGCUGACACUUCGGCUGUCACCAACCGCGUUAAUGUGACGACCAUCCAAAACAGUUUCUGGGACAUCUUCGCUACCAGACACGAAACAAGUAAUGUGCAAGAAGGUCCCUUCGAGGUGUCCACAUCUUUGCCGCAAAGGCGUAUGAUUCCGGAUAGCCUACAAGAGCACACUGUGUCCGGAACGGAAGAGGAUUCACAAUCCACUGCUGCUUCCACGGGGGACCAACCUGUCACUGCCACAGCGCAAACGGUGGCUCCGAUCUACGACAUGAAGACAGAACGGUACUGCACCGGUGCAAGGUACUGCUACAAGGAACUGAACGAGAGGUGUAUUACCAGGCACCUGAAGACUGUUUGCGGCUGUGGCCGAGCUUUUUUCAGGAACCCACUCACGCUGGUCUGCGAGCGCAAGAUGUCCCUGGUGUCUGUGCUGGAACUUCCGCAACAGUCCUACGCGAUGAGCAUGGCUGACAAGAAAUCUGCGGAGUACAAGGCCUUCGAGUCUGCGGCACGUCACCUGGUAUGGGACUUAGUGCGCCGUUCAAAACUGCUUCAAAAGCCAGUCAUCGAUGUUAUGGUAACGGGCUUCCGGCCUGGUCUUCUAGUUAGAAACAAGCUGGUGGUGAUGUCUUCGCUGCUUCGACACCUCGAGCCAAACAUCACAGAGACAAUGCAACGAGAGUUUGACCGUCAAAUCAAGAGUUACCCGGUUACAAAGGGUUCCACACUCAACAUGAGUAAUAUGACCCUAAGGGCAAACGGACUUGCUGUAAACCCAUGUGAAGACGCAGAUGUGAAUUUCUGCAGUCCUCACUCCCGCUGCGAUUAUCACAAACAUUUACAUAGCAUGAGCUGCUCUUGCCUACCUGGUUAUGAAGAUAACUCUCCCGAUAUCGAGAACUACGCCGGAGAAAUAUGUCUCUCUAUCUGUGAGCCUGAUCACUGCCAUAACAACGGAUCCUGCAGAAACUACGGCUUUGGAAUCAAAUGCGAGUGCCCAGCCUGGUACACCGGAAACAAGUGCCAAUACCACACCAGGAAGAUCAUAAUCAUUGUUGCUGUAGUUUGUAUCGUACUGCUGUCAGCUUGUGCCUUUGCACUACAUAAAUUCUGGAGACAAGGACGUACACAAAAGGCGCACACGGUGUGCAGGAUGCUCAUCAUGGAGCCUUCCCGCCAGCUUACGGGCAACAAGAUGGUGGAGCUGCGUCUGGACCAGGGACCUCCUCCUCAAACAAAUCGCUUAGCAAAGUCCUUACGUUCGUGAGGCUUGUGCAGCGCGAGGAUGGACAUCUCUACCUUGCUUCUGUUCAUGUGCUCUUUUUUGGAUAUGUUUUAAUAUAUAGACUUUUAUGGAA